AUGAAGGGAGACACCAGACAACUCAACAGAGAAGAGGACCCCAGCGGGAGGGAAGACUCCAUCAUCACCAAUGGGGACUGCAGCAACCAGUCUUCAGACUCCAAGGACGCACCCUCGCCCCCGAUCUUGGAGGCUAUCAGCACCCCGGAGAUCAGAGGCCGCAGAUCAAGCUCACGACUAUCCAAGAGGGAGGUCUCCAGCCUGCUAAGUUAUACUCAGGACCUGACGGGUGACGGAGAUGGCGAAGGGGACGACGGAGAUGGCCCUGACACUCCAGCCAUGCCAAAGCUCUUCCGCGAAACCAGGACUCGAUCUGAAAGCCCAGCUGUCCGAACUCGAAAUAAUACCAGUGCCUCCGGCCGUGAGAGGCACAGGCUCUCCUCCCUACGUUCCACCCGAGGCCGGCAGGGCCGCAAUCACGUGGAGGAGUCCCCCGUGGAGUUCUCAACUACCAGGUCCCUGAGGCGCCGGGCAGCAUCAUCGGCAGGCACGCCGUGGUCAUCCCCUGACAGCCCCUACCUCACCAUCGACCUCACCGAUGACGGUGUGGUGCCCCAGAGCAGCAGUACCCCCUACACCCGCCUGGCUCAGGACAGCCACCAGGAGAACUUGGACUCCCCACAGGUGUAUGCAGAGGGCAGAGAUGCAGAUGGCACGGAGUAUCAGGAUGGGAAGGAGUUUGGAAUAGGAGACCUUGUGUGGGGAAAGAUCAAGGGAUUUUCCUGGUGGCCUGCCAUGGUGGUGUCUUGGAAGGUCACCUCUAAGCGCCAGGCCAUGUCUGGCAUGCGGUGGGUCCAGUGGUUUGGUGAUGGCAAGUUCUCUGAGGUCUCUGCAGAUAAGCUGGUGGCCUUGGGGCUAUUCAGCCAGCAUUUUAAUCUGGCGACCUUCAAUAAGCUGGUCUCUUAUAGGAAGGCCAUGUACCACGCUCUGGAGAAAGCCAGGGUACGGGCUGCCAAGACCUUCCCUAGCAGCCCCGGAGACUCGUUGGAGGACCAGCUGAAGCCCAUGUUGGAGUGGGCCAAUGGGGGCUUCAAGCCCACUGGGAUCGAGGGCCUCAAACCCAACAACAAGCAACCAGUGGUUAAUAAGUCGAAGGUGCGUCGUGCAGGCAGUGGGAAAUUAGAAUCAAGGAAAUACGAGAACAAGACUCGAAGACGCACAGCCGAUGACUCGGCCACCUCUGCUGACUACUGCCCCCCACCCAAGCGCCUCAAGACAAACUGCUUUAACAAUGGCAAAGACCGAGGAGAAGAGGACCAGAGUCGAGAGCAAAUGGCUUUGGACGUUUCCAACAACAAGAGUAGUCUGGAAGACAGCUGUUUAUCCUGUGGUAGGAAGAAUCCUGUGUCCUUCCAUCCUCUCUUUGAGGGUGGGCUCUGUCAGACAUGCCGGGACCGGUUCCUCGAGCUGUUCUACAUGUACGAUGAUGAUGGCUACCAGUCCUACUGCACCGUGUGCUGCGAGGGGCGUGAGCUGCUCCUGUGCAGCAACACAAGCUGCUGCCGGUGCUUUUGUGUGGAGUGCCUGGAGGUGCUGGUGGGCUCGGGCACAGCCGCAGAUGCCAAGCUGCAGGAGCCCUGGAGCUGCUACAUGUGCCUCCCGCAGCGCUGUCACGGGGUCCUGCAGCGCCGGAAGGACUGGAACGUGCGCCUGCAGUCCUUCUUCACCAGCGACACGGGUCUUGAAUACGAAGCCCCCAAGUUAUUCCCUGCGAUUCCUGCAGCCAGAAGGCGGCCCAUUCGAGUCUUGUCCCUGUUUGAUGGAAUUGCCACAGGGUACUUGGUCCUCAAAGAACUGGGCAUCAAAGUAGAGAAGUAUGUUGCCUCUGAAGUAUGUGAAGAGUCCAUCGCUGUUGGAACUGUUAAGCAUGAAGGCAAUAUCAAAUAUGUGAAUGACGUCAGGAACAUCACAAAGAAAAAUAUUGAAGAAUGGGGACCCUUUGAUUUGGUGAUUGGUGGAAGCCCGUGCAAUGAUCUCUCAAAUGUGAACCCCGCCAGGAAAGGACUGUACGAGGGCACAGGCCGACUAUUCUUCGAGUUCUACCACCUGCUGAAUUACUCACGACCCAAGGAGGGUGACGACCGGCCCUUCUUCUGGAUGUUUGAGAAUGUGGUAGCCAUGAAGGUUGGCGACAAAAGGGACAUCUCUCGCUUCCUGGAGUGUAAUCCAGUGAUGAUUGAUGCCAUCAAAGUGUCUGCUGCUCACAGGGCCCGAUACUUUUGGGGUAACCUGCCUGGGAUGAACAGGCCCGUGAUAGCAUCAAAGAAUGAUAAACUCGAGCUGCAGGACUGCUUGGAGUUCAAUAGGACAGCAAAGUUAAAGAAAGUACAGACAAUAACCACCAAGUCGAACUCGAUCAGACAGGGGAAAAACCAACUUUUCCCUGUUGUCAUGAAUGGCAAAGAAGAUGUUUUGUGGUGCACUGAGCUAGAAAGGAUCUUCGGCUUUCCUGUUCACUACACGGAUGUGUCCAACAUGGGCCGUGGUGCCCGCCAGAAGCUGCUCGGGAGGUCCUGGAGUGUGCCUGUCAUCCGACACCUCUUCGCCCCCCUGAAGGACUACUUUGCCUGUGAAUAG